CAUAUAUGUUUGCCUCGCAAGAAAUUGACAGAAAAUUAUUGCUUCAAACUUAGAAACUGUGCUAGUCUAUGAGUUUUACUGAUUUAUUGUGCUUAUUAAUUUAGUAAAAAUACGUAGUCUUAAACUCUUAAUAUUAGAUUCUCGAGUUUUCCCCUGAUUUAUUUAAGUUUACUCUUAUCGACGGUUUAAUUUUCAUUCUUGAGAUACAAGAACAUCAUUAAAUGUACAGAACGACAGUUUCCUUUUGGAAGCAAAAUAGAAAAAUUCUUAUUUCCAAAACCAUGAAGUUUUACUUUUUAUUAUAUUAAAAUUAAUUAAUAUAUAGACAAUUUUUUGUGUGUGUAUAAUUAAUUGUCCUUACUUGAAACAAAAGAAUUCAAUCAAUGGGUUUCCUUUUUUCUUCAGUAUUGAUUUAACGUUGCACGUUCUUACCAUAUUAAAACCCUACAAAAAAUGGAAAGUGUCUUUAUAUUUUCCUUUUUCGUUAUGUGAAAAAAGGACACUAUUUCUCUCCAAGUUCUAAACGGAUUCCUAUAUAAACAAACAUAGAUGCAAGACUCUAAUCACAAUUCAUAAUCUUUCACAAGUUCUCAAUCUCACAUUCUUAAAACUCUUAAAUUUUGUGUUCCCUUACAAGUUUUCUUGACAAUGGAGAAGAUACUUGACGGAAGAACUAAUGGAACACUCAAGAAGACCAAGAUCGUGUGUACUCUUGGACCAGUGUCCAGGUCUGUUGAGAUGAUCGAGAAGCUUCUCAAAGCUGGUAUGAACGUAGCCCGUUUCAACUUCUCACACGGUACUCACGAGUACCACCAAGGAACUCUCGAUAACCUCAGAAUCGCAAUGAAGAACACUGGUAUCAUGUGUGCCGUCAUGCUUGACACAAAGGGUCCUGAGAUUAGAACCGGAUUUCUCAAAGAAGGCAAACCGGUUCAGCUAACUCAAGGUCAAGAGAUAACAAUCUCAACUGAUUACACUUUGCUAGGAGAUUCAAACACAAUCUCAAUGAGCUACAAGAAACUUGCCGAGGAUCUCAAUCCAGAGGACGUGAUUCUCUGUUCAGACGGCACAAUCUCUCUGACCGUCUUGUCGUGUGACAAGGUUAACGGUCUAGUUCGUUGCCGAUGCGGGAACUCAGCAACCCUAGGAGAGAAAAAGAACGUUAACCUCCCAGGAGUUGUAGUUGAUCUCCCAACGCUUACGGAGAAAGAUCAAGAAGAUAUUCUAAAGUGGGGAGUUCCAAACAAGAUCGAUAUCAUUGCUCUUUCCUUUGUUCGUAAAGGAUCUGACCUAGACCAAGUCAGGAAGUUACUUGGGGAGCACGCAAAGCGAAUCAUGCUUAUGUCAAAGGUUGAGAAUCAAGAAGGAGUGAGGAACUUCGACGAGAUUCUUAAAAACUCUGAUGCAUUCAUGGUGGCUAGAGGCGACCUAGGGAUGGAGAUUCCUAUCGAGAGGAUAUUUCAAGCACAGAAGAUGAUGAUUGAGAGAGCCAAUGCUGUCGGGAAACCUGUCGUGACAGCUACGCAGAUGCUUGAGUCCAUGACCAAGUCUCCUCUUCCGACAAGAGCCGAAGCUACGGACGUGGCCAACGCUGUCCUCGAUGGCACGGACUGCGUCAUGCUCAGCGGAGAGACCGCCGCCGGAGCCCACCCCGAAGCCGCCGUGAAAAUCAUGGCGAGAAUCUGUAAGGUGGCGGAGGAUACUCUCGACUACGACGCCGUGCAUAAGAAGAUUCAAGAAGCUGUUCCGUUGCCUUUGUCCACGGUUGAGGACUUGGCCGCUUCUGCUGUCUCCAAGGCGAUGAAGCAGAGCGCCAAGGCGAUUGUGGUUCUCACCAAGGGGGGGUACACAACGGCGCUUGUGGCGAAAUACAGGCCUAUCGUUCCGAUUCUCUCGGUGGCUAUCUUGGAUGAUGGAGAGUCGAGGUGUUCGGUGGCGAAACGUGGCUUGAUUUACCGUGGAAUCGUUCCGGUGGUGGCGAACAGUGGCUCGACGGAGGAGGCGACUAAGUUUGCGAUCGAGUUUGCAAAGGAGAAGGAGAUCUGUAAGGGUGGAGAUUCGAUUGUCUUGGUGCAGUACAUCGAUGGUUCCUCUCUUCUCAAGAUCAUGCUCGUGGAGUAGACAACUUGUUUCUCACGGGUUUAAUUUUUGAUGGUUUAAAAAUUUGUGGGGUCAAAAUUCUAGUCUUGAGAGAAAUUAUUUUGGCCGCUAUAUUUUUUAAGUUUUUGACAUUUUUGAUUAUUUGAUAUUUAC